UUCUUACGUUUCUAUUUGAGAAUAUAGUAACAGUUUACUUUUAUGAUUAAAUUUGUGUAAUCACAGAUAAAAAGUAAAAUAAAAGGCUUUGUAAACGUGACAAAGUUACAGUCAGUUUUUAAGUGUUAACCAUGCUGAGCGUUGAGAAAAAAGUUCAUGAAGUUUUGAAUUCCAUCGUUAAGGAGAAAUUUCAUAAUGCUUACGAUGUAAAAAUUAAACCUAUUACCAGUGAUGGUGCUAACUACACCUCACGUUUAUACGUAGCGUCUAUUGCUACUCCUGAAAGUACUCUUCAAUUAUUUGUGAAAGUCGCGUCAAUGGGCUCUUUCAUCGAUGUAAGCAAGCACAUGUUUCGAACAGAAAAUAUCGUCCUCACAACAGUAUCAAACGCUUUCGAAAGAUCACAAGACAAAUAUGCGAUAGUAGAAAGAUUUACAUUCCCUAAAUUUUACAAGAGCGCAGAUGGAAUCAUAGUAAUGGAGGAUUUAACAUCUAAAGGAUACGAAGUCUAUGAUAGAUUCAAAAGCAUUGACUGGAAAUAUGCAUCCAAAUCCGUAGAAGCUUUAGCCAGAUUUCAUGCACUCUCUUUAGCUUUCCAUAAUGAAUAUCCAGACGAGUUCAAGAAAGCUGUGAAAGUGUUAGAAAUGCCUCGGACGAUAUUGACAGUCCCUCAACUUGAAGGUGUCAGCAAUGGGGCAAUGGCAGCUGUUGAUGAAGAAGAUAGAGAUAAACUUUCUAAACUUCUUGAGGGGUCUGAGGGUCUCAGUAAACAUUUGGAGCUGAGUGAACCUCGGAGUACUACAGUGAUAAUUCAUGGUGAUUUUCGGCCAAGUAAUUUGAUGCAUAAACAAGUAAAUGGAGAAUAUCACGUGAUUCCCGUGGACUACCAAACGGCGAGGCCAGGUUGUCCGGUAGCCGAUCUUCUCUACUUCAUCUUGAUGAGUUCCGAUCAGCAGUUUCGGAAGCAUCAUUUCCACCAGUUGGUAGACCACUACUACAAACAUUUGGCUUUCAUGAUGAAGGAUCUUGGUUUGCAGCCGGAUGAAGUUUAUGGGAGAGAAGAAUUUGAAAGCGACAUGAAAGCGAAACUGCCAAUCAGCCUAAGCGUGGCGGCGGCCGCCCUGCCGUUUGCCACGGCGGACGCCGACAGCGCUCCGAACUUCGAGCGCGGACAGUGCGUGCCGGGCGUGAACAAACUGUUCGUCGAACGGUUCCGCGGACUGGUGCAGGACUUCAAGCAGUGGGGGGUUAUAUAGACUACCUAUAGUGAUGACCAGAAUUACAAAUAGUAUAGUAUGUUUGUAUUUAGAGAUUCAAAUUUAAUAUGGAAACAAAACAAUACUUACAUUCACAGAAAUCUGAAAACUAGGUAGCACUGGCUCCGUCCCACCUCCAACGGACUAAUGUAAAAGCGGGCAAAUUAUGCAGCGGGCGGGGAAAUUAUGAAACGUAAUAAAUAUAAGAGUAGAGAGUACCAUUUUAUUGGGUUCCCAGCGCGCACAGGUUUUUUUCAGAAGUCGCGAAGCGUCUAGACGUAACUGGUGACCGAAGAGCUGGUGGUUCCUUCGCACAACGUAUCAGUAAUGCCUUAAGGGCCUAUUUUAGAUGUAAGCCAGUUAUAGUAAUCCUCUGUAUAUAUCCAUUAUGUAUAUUGUUAUUGUAAAUAAAUGAUUAGAAUUCUGUACCCCUAGUGUAAAUUUAAUGGACAUCAUAACGUGACGAACGCGUUUGCGUUAAGUCUAAUUUUGUUUAGGAUUUUGAGUUUCCAAAACGUCCCGCUUGGCGCGCUCUUUCUAAAUCCAAUACAAAAUGAGACUAAACGCAAACGCGUACGUCACGUUUCGAAAUCGAAUUUAUUUACACUAGGGGUACAGAUCUGUUUUACAAGAUAAUAUUAUCAUCACUAUUUUUAACCAUCAUUAGAGUACCAUUGCCACAGCUUAUCUAUGCACUAUGCAGUCCAUUAU